GCCGGGAAGGAGACGGGACCAUUUCGGAUCUCAAGCAAACGGCCCCCUCCUAUCUAGUCGUGGCUUUUCCAAACCCUCCGAGGAGAGCGGGAUCUUUCGGUCCUUCCUGUAUUUCCGACCAUUACAGGAUCUAGAAAUGUCGACGACACUUUUAUCUGCCUUCUACGACAUUGACUUCUUGUGCAAGACGGAGAAGUCCCUGACCAACCUCAGCAGCAUGCUGGACAAGAAGGCCGUGGGGACCCCGGUGACCCCCAGCUCCAGCUUCGCGCCGGGCUUCCUGCGGCGGCACUCGACCAGCAACCUGCCGGCGCUGGCCGGCGGCUCCAAGUUCCCCAGCCCCACCGGCUCCAGCUCUUCCUCCACCUCCUCCUCCUCCUCCUCCUCGUUCGGCAGCCUGAAGGAGACGGGCUCCGGCGGAGGCGGCGGCGGCAGCAGCAGCCCCACGGCCCUGCUCAACAAGGAGAACAAGUUCCGGGACCGCUCCUUCAGCGAGAACGGCGAGCGCAGCCAGCACCUCAUGCAGCAGCUCCAGCAGCAGCAGCAGCAGCAGGCGGCGGCGGCCGGCAAGGGGGGCGGCUCCGGCGGCGGCGGCGGCGGGGCCCCCAUCAACUCGACGCGCUACAAGACGGAGCUGUGCCGUCCCUUCGAGGAGAGCGGCGCCUGCAAGUACGGCGAGAAGUGCCAGUUCGCCCACGGCUUCCACGAGCUGCGGAGCCUCACCCGCCACCCCAAGUACAAGACCGAGCUCUGCCGCACCUUCCACACCAUCGGCUUCUGCCCCUACGGCCCGCGCUGCCACUUCAUCCACAACGCCGACGAGCGCCGCCCGGCGCCCGGCGGGGGCACGGCCGCCCCCCCCGCCGCCGCCGCCGCCGCGGGGCCGCACCACCACCCGCACCACCCGCCCCCGCACCCCGCCGGCAGCACCGGCGACCUCCGCGCCUUCGCCCCCCGCGACCACCCGCUGGGCGGCGGCGGCGGCGGCUUCGGGCACCCGCGCGGCGGCGAGCGGCCCAAGCUGCACCACAGCCUGAGCUUCUCCGGCUUCUCCGCCCACCACCACCACCACCCGCACCCCCACAGCGCCGCCCCGCCGCCGCCGCCGCCCGGCGGCCGCCUGGACGCCGCCCUGCUGGAGAGCCCCGGCGGGUCGCGCACGCCGCCGCCGCCCGCCUCCGCCUCCUACUGCGAGGAGCUGCUCUCGCCGCCCUGCGCCAACAACGCCUUCGCCUUCUCGGGGCAGGAGCUGGGCAGCCUCAUCGCCCCGCUCGCCCUCCACACCCAGAACUUCGCCGCCGCCGCCGCCGCGGCCGCCGCCGCCGCCGCCUACUACCGCUGCCAGCAGCAGCCGCCGCCGCCGCCCGGCGGGGGUUGCCCGCCGCCCCCCGCCUCGCCGCCCUUCAGCUUCCAGCCCCUCCGCCGCCUCUCCGAGUCGCCCGUCUUCGACGCGCCGCCCAGCCCCCCGGACUCCCUCUCCGACCGGGAGAGCUACCUGAGCGGCUCCCUCAGCUCCGGCUCCCUCAGCGGCUCCGAGUCGCCCAGCCUGGACUCGGGCCGCCGCCUGCCCAUCUUCAGCCGCCUCUCCAUCUCCGACGACUAG